UGCAGCCUUUCUCUUCUAGAUUUUGUCAAACCAUAGUACUACGUUCGAACGUCAUCGCAUGGAUCGUAUAGAAGCACACUUCGAUACAUACCAUCACUACAGCACAUCAUAUCAGUCUGCUUAUGGAAAACAUUGGGAGUUGUUUAAACCGAAAAGCAUACAGUUACAUGGAUCGGGUUACACAAGCAACAUCAGACCAGUUAUUCAGUACAAUAGUGAACUUGACGACGUGGACAAUCCCAAAAUCAAGGAUUUUCUAAAAUGCAAUUAUCUGUCAACCACACAUAAGGAUUUUUCACCAGUCGACAGGAAUCAAACCAUCAAUAUCUUUUCAACAGAGAAAUAUCGUCAUUCAGACCCACAGUGCCAUUCGGCUUUUAAAAACAUUUAUCCAGGACUCAACAUCUGGAACUCUGAAGGACCUGUUCCGCAGGUGACUCAAUCCAAAGGACUUAAGGCAGAUGCACGCUCAAAGACGGAUGACGACGAGCUGUGCAAACGAAGCAGACUGAUGUCACAAAAACUGCCAAGUACAACGCAAUCCACAAAAAGCAGUGGGGACAUGUCAAUAAAAUGGGGGUUAAAAGAAGAAACUGGAAGUACCCGUAACCACCCCAUGAUUGACACGUUGACUGGUCGCCCAAUAUCUCCGCACAUGCCGAGAGAAUUUCGAUUACAAACGAACCGACCGACCGGUCGGACACAAUACAGUGACGACUUCCAAGUGCAUGAAACGGUGACGGAAAAAGAAGCUCGUCUGCGUACUGCCUUGUUGAAAGACGGGAAAGGAAACGGGGUCAUCAGCUGGAAUGUUUGCCCACCUGAACACACACAUGUGGAUUCAGAGAGUGGGUUGGAUAGACUGAAAAAUUUGCCGGAGGAAACGUUGAGCAAAAUUAUGAAAACCGAUCCGGCUGAAUAUCAAAAUCUGAUCCAUCCUUCAAAGUGGAAAAGCAUGUAUAGAGGGCAAUACAAUGGACUGCCAGUUGCACCACCGAGUAAGGAAGCGCGUUUGGGAAGAACAACCACUGGAAGACAGGAAUCAACAGGUUUCACAUCAAAUGAGGCAGGCCACGUAGACUACGACGCUGGUCCUCCGGAUCGAUUCGUCACCGACAAUAUGACGCGUUUUUAUCAACCACCACCUGCACAAGACAAGCAGGACCGCAGCGGCCAUAUUCACUUCAACACGUUGCCGUCUGUACCGACUACUUUGGCCAUUGGGACUGGGUUGAGCACAUUUGGACCAUCGAAUUCAAUGACAGAAAAGGCGCAGACUCUGUCAGCCUAGCAGAUCAGAACAGGCAAAACACACAAGUCGUCGGGCGUCUCAUCGACAAUUCAGAAGUAUUGCGUGCACACACCUCGUAAAGAAUUGCAAUGUUCAGGCAGAAAAAAGCAGAGUUCAAAGGCUCAUCUACCUUCCGCUCAAUCCAAUAUGCAUCCAAUAUACAUAUAAAAAGCACAAUGAAAAUGUUACGUUUGUACCUAUAUAUCUACUUUCACUUCUAAACAUUAACUGAACAGUUGCUGAGAGGACAGGGGCAGCAUAAAGUACGCUCAAUACAAUUAAUCCAACUGCGUUCAGUAUCAUUCUAAAGCUUCACAGAUCCAAAUAUAACCAUUAGAGUCCACUACUGGGAUAGCUUGUCUUUCAAUAUAUGUUGCCCACGACUUGUCUGGCCAAAAGUCAUGUGUUUACUUAUAUUGCAUGUUAAGUCGUACACCUAACUCCGGAUCAGUGAAGCAACAG